AUGGAAAUCGACGAGGAAUUAUUCAUGGAGGACAGCGACUCGGAGCCAGAAUUUCUCGAAGAUGAGGUUAUGAAAUUCGAAGAUUUGGAAGAAGAAAUGAAAGUGGCGAUUGCGGAUCUUCAGGAUGUUCUAGAAGUCAGCCCUGAUAUCUGUCGAGUUCUUCUUCAGAAGUUCAAAUGGAACAAAGACGCUCUUCUGGACCGAUUCUACGAGAGUUCUGAUGCCGUUUCCUUCCUAAUCGAAGCCCAUGUUCUUCCAAGUCGAUCAGUUUCCGAAAGCGAAGAGGAAGACUGUCAGAUCUGUUGUAUGGAAGGAAGACUCACUGGACCCGCUUGCAACCACAAGGCAUGCAGUGAAUGUUGGAAGGCUUAUGUAACCGAGAAAAUCAAGGAAGGACAGAGUGAAAUCGAAUGCAUGACACCAAAUUGCAAGCUGAUAAUCGAGGACUCACAAGUCGAACAGUUUAUAGGUGACCCAAUUGGAAUCGCCUCUUAUCGACGAGUUCUAGUCAACAGUUUUGUCAGAGUUAGCAAGACUAUAAAAUGGUGUCCAGGAGAAAAUUGUCUGAAAGCUGUCAAAGUCCAUCAACCAUCUGAAUCUCGCCUCAUUGUCUGCCCAUGCGGGACCCGUUUCUGUUUCACCUGCGGAAAUGAGGGACAUGAACCAAUAGACUGUAAUUAUCUGAGAAAGUGGCUCAAGAGAUGUAUGGAUGAUAGUGAAACAUUCAACUGGAUCCACGCAAACACUAAAGAUUGUCCAAAAUGCUCUGCGCCGAUUGAGAAGAAUGGAGGAUGCAAUUAUAUGCGAUGUGAGAACACUGCUUGUCGAUAUGAGUUCUGUUGGAUGUGCUUUGGCUCAUGGAAAAACGAAGGAGCCCAUAGUUGCAAUACAUUCCGAGAGAAAAAUGAGGGAAAAACUGAUCGGGAGAAAUCUCGUGUCAGUCUUGAGAGAUAUCUUUUCUACUAUAACCGAUACAUUGGACAUGAGAGAAGUCUCAAAUUGGAAAAGAAGCUCAAAGAGAAAAUCGCACGAAAAAUGGAAGAAAUGCAGCAGCUGUCGAUGACCUGGGUUGAAGUUCAAUUCCUGCAAAAAGCUGUCGAAGUACUCUCGGAAUGUCGUCACACUCUGAAGUACACCUACGCCUUCGCAUUCUAUUUGAAACGAGAGAACAAUGCGAUAAUGUUCGAAGCGAACCAAAAUGAUCUCGAACAGGCCACUGAGCAGCUCUCCGGGUUUUUGGAACGAGAUCUGGAUCGGGAGAAUCUCAUAACCCUGCGCCAGAAGGUCCAGGACAAAUCUCGCUAUGUGGAGCAACGCAGAAAAGCGCUCCUCGAUCAUUGUAACGAGGGAAACGAUGAAAACAUCUGGGUAUUCAACGAGUAA